GAUAUGACACAUAUGUUUCCAAGGGAAGGUGCCUCAUCUAGCUCAACCUCAAUGAGCAGCCAGAGGAGUGAAACUCAUGAUGAUAGGAUGAUUGCAAUGGUUCUCUCCGAAGAAUAUGCCAAGUUAGAUGGUGCUAUGGCCAAGCAUCUUAUUAAUUUAACAUCAAUUCCUGUAAGAUGCCUCAUGAAUUUUAGUUACUUGUAUUUUCCUCUGGCUUUUCCUUUUCUUCCCCGCAUAGAAGACUAUGUGUUUUGGGCACACACUGUCUUCCUUUCUGGUAUAGAUAAACUGAUUAAUGAAAGUUAAUAUCACUGGCUUCUUAUCUGAUAUUCAUUUUUAUUUGUACAUGUGUAGCAUGUUCCCCGUAUUAACACAUAGUUUCCAACAUAUAGUGAUGCCACUAUGGACCAUUAUCGCCUCCUUGAUAGGCUAAAUGCAUACGGCUUGUUUGAGGUGAGAGUAUCUGGUGAUGGAAAUUGUCAGUUUCGUGCAUUCUCAGACCAACUAUAUAGAUCACCUGAUUAUUACGAGCGUGUUCGAAAGGAGAUUGUAAAGCAGCUCAAGAAAUGUAACACCUUAUAUGAAGGUUAUGUUCCAAUGAAAUAUAAAAAAUAUUGCAAGAAAAUGAAGAAGUCUGGUGAAUGGGGUGACCAUGUCACGCUACAAGCAGCUGCUGACAAGUUUGCUGCAAAGAUAUGUCUCCUAACAUCAUUCAGAGAUACAUGUUUUGUUGAAAUUGUUCCGCAAUAUCAAGCUCCACAGAGAGAGAUUUGGCUGAGUUUCUGGUCUGAAAUUCACUAUAACUCACUGUACGAUGCUCGAGAUCUCCCAAGCAAAUACAAGCCUAUGAAGAAGCACUGGUUGUUGUUUUAAUAUCCAUGCGGGAGUUUGCUUCAUACUGGUGGAAUCAUAUUGUUUGACCCUUUCGACCACCGUUCGCCAAAUGAUGCACCGUACAACUAUAGCACGAUCCAGGCAUACAACAGUAGGUGUAGAGUUACAAUGCGGAACCUGAGCCUUGUGAAUAGAUAUUCUUAAUACAGGUUGACUGUAAUGCCCUAUCUUAUUUGUUCACCGUGUAUAUUCUUUAUUUAUACAGCUACAUGUUAGUUCUAUUCACCAGUUCAUUAUUCCCUUCGUU